CACAGAGGGAGGAAGAAGCGGCGGCGGCGGCUCCUCUUUGCAGAGGUGGAAACUCCGAGGGAUAAGAGCAGGAAUAAUGCGGUAGGCUAGGCGGGCUGCUCGCUCCCGGCUCCGGCAGCAGCGGCAGCAGCCCGAGCAGCGGCAGCAGCAGCGGCAGCACCUCAGACGCUGACAGCCCCGCCGGCCGGCUCCCUCGCUGACCGCCGACUGUCAAUGGAGCUGGAAAACAUCGUGGCCAACACGGUCUUGCUGAAAGCCAGGGAAGGGGGCGGAGGAAAGCGCAAAGGGAAAAGCAAGAAGUGGAAGGAAAUCCUGAAGUUCCCUCACAUUAGCCAGUGUGAAGACCUCCGAAGGACCAUAGGGGGCGGUUCCUGGCUCCUCCUCUACAGUUGGCAAGGAUACAGUCAUUCCACCCUCCCAGACAGAGAUUACUGCAGUUUGUGUGACAAGCAGCCAAUUGGGAGGCUGCUUUUCCGGCAGUUCUGCGAAACCAGACCUGGGCUGGAGUCUUACAUUCAGUUCCUGGACUCAGUGGCAGAAUAUGAAGUUACUCCAGAUGAAAAACUGGGAGAAAAAGGGAAGGAAAUUAUGACCAAGUACCUCACCCCAAAGUCCCCAAUUUUCAUCGCCCAAGUUGGCCGGGACCUGGUCUCCCAGACGGAGGAGAAGCUCCUUCAGAAACCCUGCAAAGAACUCUUUUCUGCCUGUGUGCAGUCUGUCCACGACUACCUGAGGGGAGAACCCUUCCACGAGUACCUGGACGGCAUGUAUUUUGAUCGGUUUCUCCAGUGGAAGUGGUUGGAAAGGCAACCGGUAACCAAAAACACUUUCAGGCAGUACCGAGUACUAGGAAAAGGGGGCUUUGGGGAGGUCUGUGCCUGCCAGGUUCGGGCCACGGGUAAAAUGUACGCCUGCAAGCGCUUGGAGAAGAAGAGGAUCAAAAAGAGGAAAGGCGAGUCCAUGGCCCUGAAUGAGAAGCAGAUCCUAGAGAAGGUCAACAGUCAGUUUGUGGUCAACCUGGCCUAUGCCUACGAGACCAAGGAUGCACUGUGCUUGGUCCUGACCAUCAUGAACGGGGGGGACCUGAAGUUCCACAUCUACAACAUGGGGAACCCGGGCUUCGAGGAGGAGCGUGCCCUGUUCUAUGCGGCAGAGAUCCUGUGCGGCCUGGAAGACCUCCACCGUGAGAACAUCGUCUACAGAGAUUUGAAACCUGAAAAUAUCCUGUUAGACGAUUACGGCCACAUUAGGAUCUCGGACCUGGGCCUAGCCGUGAAGAUCCCGGAGGGAGACCUGAUCCGCGGCCGGGUGGGCACUGUCGGCUACAUGGCUCCAGAGGUCCUGAACAACCAGAGGUACGGCCUGAGCCCCGACUACUGGGGUCUGGGCUGCCUCAUCUACGAGAUGAUCGAGGGCCAGUCGCCCUUCCGCGGCCGCAAGGAGAAGGUGAAGAGGGAGGAGGUGGACCGCCGCGUCCUGGAGACCGAGGAGCUGUAUUCGCACAAGUUCUCCGAGGAGGCCAAGUCCAUCUGCAAAAUGCUGCUCACCAAAGAUGCACAGCAGAGGCUGGGCUGCCAGGAGGCAGGGGCAGCGGAGGUCAAGAGACACCGCUUCUUCAGGAACAUGAAUUUCAAGCGCUUAGAAGCCGGGAUGAUGGACCCUCCCUUUAUUCCAGAUCCCCGGGCCGUGUACUGCAAGGACGUGCUGGACAUCGAGCAGUUCUCCACCGUGAAGGGUGUCAACCUGGACCACACAGACGACGACUUCUACUCCAAGUUCUCCACGGGCUCCGUACCCAUCCCUUGGCAAAGCGAGAUGAUCGAAACAGAGUGCUUUAAGGAACUGAAUGUGUUUGGACCUAACGGUACCCUCUCGCCGGACCUGAACAGAAGCCACCCUCCGGAACCGCCAAAGAAAGGGCUGCUCCAGAGGCUCUUCAAGCGUCAGCAUCAGAACAAUUCCAAGAGUUCAGCCAGUUCCAAGACCAGUUUUAACCAUCACAUAAAUUCAAACCAUGUCAGUUCAAACUCCACCGGAAGCAGCUAGCUGCAGCUCUGGCCUGAAGUCCACGGUGGGACCAGCCUAGACCCUUCUCCUUAGAAGCGGACAUGUGACCGGUGGAGCUUCCGCCCUGGCGGGCGGGCGGGGGAGCCCUCCAGGAGCCGGGGAAGGAGGCCGUCCAGCCCCGAGAUGGGGAGCCUCCAGGUUCCUCAAAGAGAUUUCCACUCAGGUCUGUGUUCGGAGGCGGCCCGCAAGCCAAGGUGGAUUGGCUGUGUCUCUGUCGAACAUUGCAAUAGAAAUCCAAUUGGAUACAACUUGCACGUAUUUUAACAGCGUCAUAACUAGAACUGAAUUUUGUCUUUAUUAUUUUUAAAGAAAAGUUUUGUAAAUUUCUCUAUUGUUUCAGUUUACAUUUUGUAUAUUUGUAUUUAAAUGAAAGUCAGACUUUGAGGGUGUAUAUUUUCUGUGCAGCCACUGUUAAGCCAUGUGUUUUAAGACAUUUUAGAGGGGUGGCGGGUGGGGAAGGGUGUAAAAAAAAAAAAAAACUGUGACUCAAGACUUCCAGAGCCUCAAAUGAGAAAAUGUUUUUAUUAAAUGUAGAAAAUGAUUCCCA